CAAAGUCGUCGGUAUCUACAAAGAGGCUCUUCGAGAUUUUCUUUCCGUUCCCACCAUUCUGCGGCUGACGAGCAAUUCUCCCCCUUGUCCCUCCCCUUCGUUCCACUCUGCGUUCGUGAAACGAAGAGGACAGGCUAUCAGUAGCAGUAGUAGCAGCCGGGGCCGGGGUACCUCUAAUAUUUCACGGAAGCCAGCUACGCGGUUUGUCGAUGUUAUCGCGUUCGCGAUGCCGAAGGAGCCGAUUUUAACCGAUACCUUUUUGUUACACCUCAGCUUCGCAUUAAAAUAAAUAUCUUCCAAUGGAAUAGAGCGAGAAAGUUGGAGACAGAGGGAUGCUGGAGUAAGCAAAAGGAGGAGGGAAAGGGGGAGAUCAACGACCAAGCGGUGGGAGAUCAUGAACGAGGAGGAAAUAGCAGAAGAAGGGAAGGAGAGGGCAAAAAAGGAGAAAAAUGCCCGGGAGGGAAAAAGGAAGAGGAAGAGACGAAGAAGAAAAGUGGCGAACCGGCUGGCCGCAACGAACUUGAAGUAAACCAAACCUACCGGUCCUACCGCUCGCGCUACCACUACCACCUACCGAACUAUUACCUACAGCAGGUCUAUAUCUGGACUCUGCCUCGUCUCCCUUAUCCGAUGCAUCGCAUCGUGUGCCAGAAUAGUGAAAUCACCUACGUUCUAUACCUUUCACGAGGCCAUGUGGGUGUUCCGUACUCAUCGCGAUGCUCAUUCAGUCGAUUCCUUUUGGGAUCGAAGCAUAACCACUACGAUACUCGUUCCUCUCUUACAGAACGAUUAAGUUCUAAUUUCUCUAUCAUGAAUUAAGAACUCAGGAAGAAAGAAUCUAGAAAUAGAUCCCAACAAUGAACUGGCUCCGCUUGAGCUGUGUAAAAUAAGGGAUCGGUAUUAUUUAAGAAAAUAAGCAUGAAUGCGUUUGAAUGCAGUCAAAGGUCCAAAGGAGGCAACUUCCUGGCCCUGAACAAUGGAGACCCGCGUUAAGAAUAGUUGGUCCUUGAUCUGUUAGCUCUAGACAUCUCCGAGACUGUCCGAUGCUGGGUCCAGUUUUUAUCGAAGCUUGACUGCUCGUAGAAGGUGGAACUAACCGUCGCCUCAACCUGUUCCAAUUCUACUCUAAAUCGAAGCUCCGUGUAUUAUCAUAUCUACGUUCUUGUAAUUCCGAUAUCGACGAGCCCGCUUAUCGCGCAGCUUCGAUACACGUAGUCUAUCGACACGGUUCUUAUUCCCAGAUUACCUCUUUGAUCCGCGUGUAAAUCGAAGAUGCAAUUGAGCGCAGCUUUUUCUGAGGGUCGCGUGGCAACGCAGCUGCCUACUACCGCUCUAAUUAAUACAUGAUCCUCAUUCGCGGUGUUAUAUAAACCAUGCACGAACACGGGAAUAUGAAAGGCAGGAAGAGCGAAUAAAAAGAACGAAAAAGAGAGAAAAAAGGUGAGAGCAGAAAGAAGUAUGGCAUGAAAAGGAGAGAGGAACGUGUCGCCGUGAGCGCGCUUUUGCGUGAAUCAAUCGAUUAAAAUCGUCGACGUGCCAACAGCUGACAUAAUCCGGCACGUAUGGGUCAGCCGAUUAGAAAUCCGUGGCUGUCAGAAGUUCAGGCUGAAAGCGCGAAGAGUAUCGAUUGGCAGCAGCAUGCUCUCAAUAUAGCGUUCGAGUAUCGACGAUCUUCUCCCUGAAGUUACUCUGCCAUGUUGCUUAGGUGAGCGGGAGGGAGGCGGUGCUGACCGGUGGCGGCGGCGGCCAUGCGCCCCGGCCCGCCAGUACAGCCGAGCCGCCGCAGGCCUCCCCGUCGCCAGGAAGUCCCUCAGGAACGCAAUCGACGGCACCGGCUAGAUCAGCCGCAACCGCUGCAGCCACGUUCAUACGGGAACAGCUCACGGGCCCUGCUGGUGUUGCUGCUGCUGCUGGCCGGCAGCCCUCUGGUCCUGGGCCUGGCCGAGCCGCCAGGAUUACCCGGGGCCGAGUGGCAGCAGGCGUUCUCCAGGCAUACGUAUUCCAAAUCAACUUCCACCAGGUCUAUACAACCGAGAAAACAACAAAAUCUUACCAUUGGAUACCUCACAGCCAUCAAAGGCGGUCUGAAAGAUCGUCAGGGUCUUGCCAUUUCCGGCGCCUUCUCCAUGGCCCUCGACGAGAUCAACAAUGAUCCGAACAUGUUGCCAAAUGUUAAGCUGGUGAUGCGAUGGAGCGACACGAGGGGAGAAACCGUGGAAGCCACCAAGGCAAUGAUCGAUAUGAUCUGCGACGGGGUUGCAGCCUUCUUUGGACCAGAAGGCUCGUGCUACGUUGAAGCCAUAGUCGCUCAGUCCCGCAACAUACCCAUGAUUAGUUAUAAAUGCUCGGACUACAAGGCGUCGAAGGUGAACACGUUCGCGAGGACCGAACCACCGGACACGCAGGUGACGAAGUCGGUGAUCGCGUUGUUGCUCCAUUAUGGCUGGAACAAAUUCACUAUCAUCACGGAGAGUGCUUGGUCGACGGUGGCCAGGUCGCUGGAGGAACAGGCCACCAAGAAUAAUCUCACCGUCAAUCAUUACAAGACCGUGGAAGAUCGACACACGUGCUGCGAGGAAAGGCUGCCUUGCUGUCAAGUCAGCGUAUGGUUUCAACUCAUACAGGAGACCAAAAAUAUGACCAGAAUUUACAUAUUCCUGGGAACGGCGAUGUCGCUGAUAGACAUGAUGAACUCGAUGCAGAAUCAACGGCUGCUAGACAACGGGGAAUACAUGGUGAUACACGUGGACAUGAUGACGUACUCACAGCGCGAGGCGCAAAAGUACUUAUGGAAACCGGAACACUUCGACAAUCUGCGGAAUUGCCUGGAGCCGAAGGACUUCCUCAAGAGGGCACGAUCCCUGAUGGUGGUAGUAUCUACGCCACCCACACAGAACUACGAAGAGUUCACCAAAAAGGUCCGGGAGUAUAGCAGCAAGGAACCGUUCAACUUUGUCAUCCCUGAAUUGCUGAGAAAAUACGAAAAGUAUGUGUCGAUUCACGCCGCGUAUCUUUACGAUUCGGUAAAACUGUACGCGAGAGCCCUGGACCAGCUCCUGAGAGAUCAACCAGAGCACACCCUCGAGGAGAUCGCCAGCAAUGGCACUCAGAUCAUCGAGACGAUUAUCAGAAAUCACACGUAUCAGAGUGUCAGCGGCGCGACGAUCAAGUUCGAUAAGUUCGGCGACUCGGAGGGAAACUUCUCGGUACUGGCCCUGAAGAAGGAUCCGUUCCAUUUCAACAACUUCUCCUGCGAUUUCCAAAUGAAGCCUGUAGGCCAAUUUCAACAGGGUGAAACUCUAGUGUACAGGCCAUCGGAGGCGAUGGACUGGCCGGGUAAGAAUAAGCCGGAAGCGGAACCUGGAUGCGGUUUCCUCAACGAACACUGUCCCAAAGAUGACACACACCUGCGAAGCAUCGUGGCCGCUGGAGUGCUAGCUGUUUUAUUGUUCUGCGCCGCGGUGAUCACUAUGAGCAUAUAUCGAAGGUGGAAGAUAGAACAGGAAAUCGAGGGGCUGCUGUGGAAGAUCGAUCCGAGCGAGAUACACGGAUACCCUCAUCUUGACAACAUGAUGUCCUCCCCUAGUAAGUUAAGCUUAGUUAGUGCAAUGUCCUACGAGUCAAGAUGCGGGGGCCAGGUGUUUGCGCAAACCGGGCAUUACCACGGGGUAGCAGUAAGGAUAAAGGAGUUGAAGUUCUCAAAGAAGAAGGACAUAUCCAGGGACGUGAUGAAGGAGAUGCGUAUCCUUCGCGAGAUUAGGCACGGUAACCUGAACUCUUUCAUCGGGGCGUGCGUCGAGCCAAUGAGGAUAUUGUUAAUUACGGACUAUUGCGCCAAAGGAAGUCUUUAUGAUAUUAUCGAGAACGAAGAUAUCAAGUUAGACGAUAUGUUCAUCGCAUCAUUAGUUCACGAUCUCAUUAAGGGUAUGCUGUACAUUCAUGAGUCAUCUGUGCUAGUCUGUCAUGGUAAUCUGAAGUCAUCCAAUUGCGUGGUGACCUCGCGAUGGGUACUCCAAGUUUCCGAUUUUGGCCUGCACGAUAUGCGGCACUGCGCCGAAUCUGACAGCAUUGGUGAACAUCAGUAUUAUCGAAACUUAUUCUGGAAGGCACCUGAACUAUUAAGGAAUCCCAAUGCUCCGAUCAGAGGUACCCAGGAAGGAGAUAUUUACUCGUUCGCGAUUAUAUUAUUCGAGAUGAUCGGACGGAAGGGGCCAUACGGUGGCGUGAAUCUAGAACCCAAAGAAAUCAUAGACCGAGUGAAAAGGUUCCCAGAAGAUGGUGAACCGCCGUUUAGACCUAACAUAGAGAUACUGUCCGAGUCUGAAGCAGACUGUGCUGAGUAUAUAGUUAGUACGAUUACCGACUGUUGGGCGGAAAGUCCAGAACUUAGGCCCGACUUCAAAAUGAUAAGGACACGGUUAAAGAAAAUGAAAGCGGGAAGGCAUCGCAAUAUCAUGGACCAAAUGAUGGACAUGAUGGAGAAGUAUGCAAACAACCUCGAAGAUCUAGUCAGUGAACGUACACGCCUUCUUUUCGAGGAAAAGCAAAAAACAGAGGAUUUACUUCAUCGAAUGUUGCCUGAACCCGUUGCAAAUUGCUUGACAAAUGGAAUCGGUGUGGAACCUGAAGCUUUUGACUUGGUUACUAUAUACUUCAGCGAUAUCGUUGGAUUCACUGCAAUGUCAGCGGAAAGCACGCCUUUCCAGGUCGUAAACUUCUUGAAUGACUUAUACACUUUGUUUGACCGCAUAAUCAAAGGAUAUGAUGUAUAUAAAGUGGAAACGAUCGGCGAUGCCUAUAUGGUGGUUUCUGGUUUGCCAAUAAAAAAUGGAAACAGACAUGCCGGAGAAAUUGCAUCGAUGUCCCUAGAACUACUUAACGCUGUGAAACAUCACACCAUAGCUCACAGGCCUCAAGACACUCUUAAAUUACGCAUUGGAAUUCACACAGGUCCUGUAGUGGCUGGUGUUGUUGGUUUAACGAUGCCUAGAUAUUGCUUAUUCGGAGAUACCGUAAAUACAGCUUCACGUAUGGAAUCAAACGGCGAACCGUUGCGUAUUCACAUAAGCGAGCAGUGUAAAGAUGCUUUGGAUAAGAUCGGUGGCUAUAUAAUCGAAGAACGUGGCUUGGUUUACAUGAAAGGAAAGGGAGAAGUAAAAACUUAUUGGCUCAUCGGAGCCACUGAAAAGGCCAUUCAAAAACGAGAGGUUGACGUCGGAGAUCUUCCACCACUCUUUUGUAGACCAAGAAGAAGUCCGAAAUUAAAUUCAGAUUCUCGACAGGCUUCGUUGCUAGGUGGUCUAGGAGCUGGCAGUCGCAGACAGUCGAGCGUUCCAAGACCAACGCCGGAUGACUCCUCGUCUCAGUACGGAGGGUCCAGUCCAGUUCCUAAAUCUCUUAACUCUCGGAAAUUAGACCGAUUUCCUCUGUACUUGACCGAUAAUAUAUCGAAGACAACGCUAGAUAACGUUGCGUUGCAAGAAGAAGUUGAAAAUCGGGCGGCUAACAUUAAGAUAGCACUCGAUGAUUUCUUUAUCGACACGAGGCCGAAAUUUAGGAAAAAUGCAAGAGUUCUGUCGACGAUUGCCUCGUCGUCCUCUACGAGCGAUUAUCCGUUCCAAACGAUAAUACGGGAGUCACGUUCGUUAGAUCCUUUCCCAUUGGAGCUCUAUAAUAAGAGGUUCGAGUCGCCGAAUUUCUCUUGGAAGGAACCGAAAAAAAGUUUUCGAUCGCUAGAGAAUUGUGAAAAGUGCACACGGACUAACUCAAAGACGAAUAUUUCUGAGAAAGUGUUGAAUAACAAUUAUCCGAAUGGUAAUGUAAUAAUAGUGCCCCAUACGGACGAGUCGCCGAACGAAGCAGAGACACCAUUACUAGGAGAUGAGAGUGGUUGUAUGGGAGAAAUUAUGCCUGUUAAACGUUGGCGUUCUCUCGAUCAAGUGGUAUCCGUUCCUAGUACAGACAGUGUGCCUGAUAAAAAAUCCUCCGCAAGAAAUUCGAUCAGAAGUUGGUUGGUAAAUCUAUUCAAUAGCAAUGGAUUACGCAACAGCGAUGUUUCCUUAAGAAGGGGUGUAAUAGCAGGUUACGAUAUACAGUCGGAACGUGAAAGUAUAGUUUGAUAGAAAAUUGAUUUUGUAGUCGAGAGAAAGAAUGAAGGGAAUUCGAACAUGGAAUCUUCUACUAUAAAACGUAUGAGUGCACAAAAACAUUCUUACAUUUAUGAGUCAUAAGCAUGAUGUAUUGUUGCCAUUUUUUUAGCGUAUAGAUAUGUGGAAUGUGUGGGUAUAAAAGUUACCGACCGUGUAUAUUUUUAAUACCUAGAUAUUUUAUGACUUGUAUUAAAGUACGCUUUAUAUUGGCGGCAAACACGUUUUUUUUUUACAUAGUGCGAGAUUUAUCUGUUAAAAUUUUUAAUCCGAGAAUAUAAUAAAACUAGAAUGACUUUUAUAAAAAUGAUUCUAACCAAAGUAUACACAAGUACAGAAAUCAUGUAAAAGAAUCUGUCUCGACGUAGCACAAACGAUUCCCAUUCUAAUACAAACAGAAAGAAGAACGUGCAUAGUUGAAAAUGUACAUUUACGCAAGUUCAAAUACACUCGUUUCAAACAUAUGUAUGUAUGUAUAUAUAUGUAUGUAUGUACAAUUUCGAUACUUGUUCACUGAAGGAAAGCAAAUUAUCCGUAUGGCUGUGAAAAGUGAACUAGAUUGUACCUAAGGUGCUUAGUAAUAUAUCAUCUUGUCAAAUGUAUAUAAGUGAAUAAUAAUAUAUAGAUGUAAAAAUAAAAUGUAAAUUAAAAGAAAUAUUAUCUUCUGUAAGAGCUGAUUAAAGAUUCAUCUUUUGAAA